ACAGAUGAUUACAAAAGAGUAAUAAAAGUAGCAUUUAAAAACCCCAUCAAACACUUCCUUCUCCAUUACACACUCCACCAUUGAUCUUCUCCGGCCACCGUGCUCCGCCGUAAUAAUAAAAAAACCACCACUUUUUUUUUUUACCCACAUACAAAAUAUAAGAAUAAAUACAUUAUUCUAUCUCUCUUUCUUUCUUUGUUUGAGAGUAUACUUCAAUGGCGUCAAUACUUGAAAUGACUAUUUUACCACUACCUUAAUACCCUUGUUUUCAUCAAUAUUAUAUACUUCCCUACCUUCCCCACCACAACUCUAUUUAUUUUAUACUAUUACCAUAAAGAUUCAAUUUUUUACAAAUCUUCUUUCUUUCUUUCUUUUCACUAACUUCAAGAAUAUUCCUUUAAGUUCCAACCCAUAUUUUCAGGUCUUUCUCUACAACCCCACAUCCAUGUAUAGAUAUAUGUAAAUUUCUUGUAAAUUUACUUCAAAUGUGGAUUCUUGAUCUUGAAUUGAAUUGAUCAAAUACAAAAUGCGUGUAGCUAGAGCAAUGCAUCCACUGUGUUGUAUAACAUUAGAAAGUCCAUCAGAGAUGAGAGAACAUUCAUCACCUGAGCCAACGUUGUUAAGGACAGGGUCAGCUGUAGUUUAUUCUAGAUCUGAUUUUAAUAAUAAUAAUGUUGUAGGAUCUGAUGUUGCUGGUGUUGCUGGAAUAUUGUAUAAAUGGACUAAUUAUCAUAAAGGUUGGAGAUCUCGUUGGUUUACUUUAAGAAAUGGUAUACUUUCAUAUUCCAAGAAUCGUAGAAAUGAUGAUGAUGAUGUUAGACUCAUCGGUAAUAUUCCUUCCAGUAACCAUAGUCGUCGCAAACAUGGAAAAUCCCCCGGCAAUGUUGAUAUCAAGGUGUCAUCAUUCCGUGAGAGCAGGUCUGAUGACAGGCGAUUCUACAUAUAUACAGCUACCAAAUCUCUUCAAUUGAGGACAAAUUCAAAGAAAGAACGGGCUGCCUGGAUAGAAGCUUUGAUAUCAACAAGAAAUCUUCUUCAGUUGAGACCUUUGAAUGAUAAUCUCAACCUUUUGCAAAAUGAUGUAUCUAUAUCUACUGAAAGAUUGAAAAAACGGUUGCUUGAUGAGGGCAUUGGUGAGGGACUUGUCAAGGACUGUGAGCAGAUCAUGCUCUCGGAGUUUUCAGAAAUUAAAGGACAACUUAAGAGUCUUUGUGAGGAGCGCUCCAAUUUGCUGGACACGUUAAGACAGUUGGAGGCAGCUAACAUCGAAGGUGAAGCUUCCGGGGUUCAUGACGGUGAAUUCCAACUGAUGAAGCAAUUCUCCAGUUUAGGGCGUGGCAAGUACAGCGAAUGGAGUACAACUGAAUCGCCUGAUGAUAUUGAGAAACAAGAGCUUGAUGAAGCGUCAGAUGAAGAGGAAGCCAACUAUCUUGACGCAAGUGAAUGUUUCUCUGAACUUCAUAUAUCUGGCGGGUCAGUAGUUGUGGACAACAUGGCAAACAAUACCGUUGAUGCAUCUGCACAUGCACAAGUUGUACGCAGAACUAAGCUGCCAGAUCCAGUUGAAAAAGAGAAGGGGGUUAGUCUUUGGUCUAUGAUCAAAGACAAUGUCGGGAAGGAUCUAACACGAGUUUGCCUGCCAGUGUAUUUCAACGAGCCAAUUUCAUCCCUGCAGAAGUGCUUUGAAGAUUUAGAGUACUCCUAUCUUUUAGAUAGAGCAUAUGAACAUGGAAAAUCGGGGAACAGCCUUUUAAGAAUUCUAAAUGUUGCUGCUUUUGCUGUGUCUGGUUAUGCUUCAACUGAAGGCCGACAUUGUAAACCUUUCAAUCCUUUGCUUGGGGAAACUUAUGAAGCUGAUUUUCCCGAGAAAGGAGUCCGCUUUUUCUCGGAGAAGGUAAGUCAUCACCCAACACUUAUUGCCUGUCACUGUGAAGGUAGAGGAUGGAAAUUCUGGGCUGACAGUAAUCUUAAGUCAAAAUUUUGGGGAAGAUCAAUUCAACUUGAUCCUGUUGGAACACUAACCUUAGAAUUCGACGAUGGGGAGAUCUUCCAGUGGAGCAAGGUCACGACAAGUAUUUAUAAUCUUAUCCUUGGUAAGAUAUAUUGUGAUCAUCAUGGGUUAAUGCAUAUACGUGGAAAUCGUCAGCACUCAUGCAAGCUCAAGUUCAAAGAGCCAUCUAUUAUCGAGCGUAAUCCUCAUCAGGUUCAUGGAUUUGUUGAAGAUGUCUCCGGAAAGAAAGUUGCAACAUUAUUUGGAAAGUGGAAUGAGAGCAUGUACUAUGUGAAUGGAGAAUGGGCCAGCAAGCCUAAGGAUUCAUCUGAUUCAUCCUUAUUGUGGAGAAGGAAUAAUCCACCCCCAAAUCUCACUCGAUACAACUUGUCUUCUUUUGCUAUUACACUGAAUGAGUUAACACCAGGACUUAAGGAGAAGCUCCCACCUACAGAUUCAAGACUUAGACCCGAUCAGCGACAUCUGGAGAAUGGGGAAUAUGACAAGGCAAAUUCAGAGAAGUUGCGGUUAGAGACACGACAGAGAAUGUCCAGAAAAUUACAAGAGAAUGGUUGGAGACCACGAUGGUUUCAGAGAGAAGGUGAUGAUGGGACUUUCCGGUAUACGGGUGGUUACUGGGAGGCAAGGGAGAUGGGUACUUGGGAUUGCUGCCCGAAUAUUUUCGGUGAGAUUGACCAAGAUCUCCUCAGCUCCUUUGAAGGAUCCUGAUGUUUUAGAAGGGACCUGAAGAUUUGUAGAUUAAAGACUGAAAACGUUGAGCUAUAGACGAAUGGAGUAUGUAGGCAGUCCGCGACUGCCCCAUUUUUUUAGUUGUUUAAAGAUAUUCUCAGAGGUUGACACAAGUCAAUCCAGAAAUCCUGAAGGCUUUUUUAGGAUGAAGAGAAAACCUUGGAAGAGUCCACGACGAUGGAGCAAAAAACUAGAGAAAUUCCUUACUAGAUCUACGCAUCAAGCUGCUUUGAUCAGAGGCUUGUAUUUUGUGUUGAAUUUGAUCCCAUUUCAUUAUAUGCUUCAUUUUUCUUCGGCUAGGCCUUAGUUUAGGUUAUUAUUAUUUGUACUUUUUAUCUUGAAAAUAAAAAUAGCAAAAAAAUAUGGAUAUAUUAAAGAAGUAAACCAAGCACAAUAGCUUUUGUAAAGACCUAAAGUAGAUUAGUGCUUACACAUGUUGAGAUAUACACAAAGAACUAGCUUCCAUGA